UACGUGCGUGUGUGUGUGUGUGUGUGCGCGCGUGUUUUCCGUUUCUAACUUUUUCACAGUUAACACCCAUGUGACGCCUAUACACCGCGUAGAAUAAGUGAAAAUGGACAUGCACGCUCUCGGCAGGACAGAACCAGUCUCCACAAAGCAGUUUGCUUUUCUAAGGACAUUCUUCAUCCUUUUUAUUCUUUUUUUGUUCCUUUGGUUUGUCUACUGGAUAACUGGAGACAAAAGAAAUAAUAAAUACAAGCUUAAUGUUAUUUACCCACACUGGAAAAAGAAGCAGCCACACUUGAUGGCAUGUGGGGUGCAAGUGCAAAAUGAUCCGAUCAUUAAAAUCAACAAUCUUAAAACAUAUAUGGUCGGCUCCUACAUUGAGCACCGUAAUCAAGUUAAAAUGAUACGGACAAUCGCUAUAGUGCUUCGCAGUGAAAAAGCAGAGUAUCAGUGUGUGCUGUGCUGCAAUGGAGAGAAGAUUUCUGUACCUGCUGCAUAUGACAUUCACUCUGACCACUUUGGCUUUGAAUACGGCACUGCUGAUAUUACCUGCCAAAUACCGGGAAAGUGUCCAACACCAACACAUGUGGCUAUCACUUCCCGAUCACCUAAAGAAGAUGGAUCCUUGCAGGACAUUCAUGCCUUCCAACCUAUUAGGAACCAACAGAAACAGGAAGUCUUUCCCUAUGAAUUCACAGUUUGCAUUUCUACCAUGUUUGAUUAUGUAAAUAUAUUGAUGCUUGUGCAGGCCAUGGAGAUGUUCAAGAUACUCGGUGUCCAGAAAGUAGCUAUUUACAAAACCAGCUGCCAUCCUGUUACGCAGAAGGUCUUGGAUUAUUAUGUCAAGCAGAACUUUGUGGAGAUCAUCCCCUGGCGUAUAUCGUCCUACAUUAAUGUGUCCAGAGGCUGGAAGAAGUCAGCCUCACCUGGGGAGUUACACUACUUUGGGCAAAUUGCAGCACUUAAUGAUUGUGUGUAUCGUUACAUGUACCAGAGUCACUACGUAUCUCUGCAAGAUUUGGAUGAAUUCAUUCUACCUAUUAACCUCAAAAACUGGGCAGAACUCCUGCCUGAAUUAGAGAGGAAAUACAAUCACAAUGUGGGCUUUGAGUUUGAGACAUUUUUUUUUCCUCUUUCCAUCACAGAUUUCCACUCGGAAUAUUCCCUAGACUCUUGGAAGAAAGUUAUGGGAGUUAACAUCUUAGAGCAUGUCAGUUGCUUAAGUAAUGACCCCAAAGAGUUCAAUGAUUUUAAAGUCAUUGUAAAUCCUCGUUUAGUGUUUAAGACUACAGUGCAUGGCUUUCUGGAGUCUGUGGGGGGUAGUGUCAGAGUGGACUCAAAGAUCGCCCAUAUUUACCACAUGAGGAACAUUUCAAAACAAGCUUUGUCAACGCAUUCCCACAUACAAGACACACAUCACAGGGACUAUGCAGACAGGCUGAUCCCUGCUGUUUCUCAUGUGCUUCAGCAAACAUUGGGCAUAGACACAUAGACCAUUCCAUGAAAUCAUCAAUCAUGAAGUCAUCAAAGAUUUUGCUAUGAACAAAUAAGAAUAUGCUUUUCUACCAGUUUUUAGAAAACUGUAGCUUUUCAGGAUUCCCUUCACCUUGAUUAAAUCCCCAGUUCUGAUGAAGAAAAGCAGCCCUAAAGUAGGAUGAUGCCACCACCAUGCUGCCAUUACCAUUUUUGUUUGUUUAUUUGCUUAAAACAUACCUCUUAAAACAUGUGAAGAAUAAGAAAGAUUGUUGUCACAUGCAAAAUUUGUGUUGAUACAAAAUCAUUGUUUUGCAAAGGCCAUUUAAGUCUUUGGAUAUGAACUUUAUUGAAGUAAUGUGGACUGAAUUUUGAAACUGGUGUGCUACAGAAAAAUGACAAUUAUACUGAAAUAAUAACAUGCUCUGGACCAUGGUAUUUGCUUUAAAUAAUGAAAUUUCAUAAAUAAAAACAUUUUUACAGCAUACAUACAUACAAAGUGUCCAUACACAAGUGUUGGUAAAUGUUCCCACGAACAAAAAAAUCCAUUUGUAUCUGGCUUCGUAAAUGAGGCCUAUUGGCUCAGCCGUCUUCAAUGAAAAUUAGAAAGGUGUGUGUGUGUGUGGAAGGAUUUGUUACCUUUGUUAAGACCUGCCCCUUGAAGAGAAAGAGAGAGAGAGUGUGUGUGUGAGUGAGAGAGAGAGAGAGAGAGAGAGAGAGAGAGAGAGAGAGAGAGAGAAUGCUGUAGGAGCUUCACACUGGACAGAUGGGUGCUCGGACUGCAGCUUGCCACAGGUAUUGGGCUUUAAAGCUAUUUAUCGUUGCUUAUAUUUAUUUAAAAGUUUUUAUUUAAUUCUUCAUAUAUUAGUAUUUAAAUAUGUUUUAAUCUUUAUAGAUAAAUAAUACUGGCUUGAUGUAAACUGAAGUUUACGUUGAAUGUGUUGGAAAAAAAAUGGCACCAAUUCCAAUAACUAAACUAACUGAAUUUCUUGUUAAUAUAUCACAGGACAGUAAUUUCAAAGCUGUUUGUUUUUCCACGGAUCCUUUUAUUCCCUCUCAUCCUUCUUGUGCCUAUCUUCCUAAUUGGAGUAAUUAGCUUCAAGAAUUCUAAGCCUAUUUACAAUUUCACAGACUGGAGAAGGAAGCUAAUGGCAUGUGGUGUACCAGUACAAACUGAUCCGAUCGUUAAAGUCAGCAAUCUUAAAACAUAUAUGGUCGGCUCCUACAUAGAGCACCGCCAAGAAGUGAAAAAGAUUCGUACGAUUGCUAUAGUGCAUCGCAAUGAAAGCACAGAGUAUCACUGCUUGUUGUGCUGCAAUGGAAAAAUUGUGUCCAUACCUGGUAAUUACAGCAUUCACUCUGACCACUUUGGGUUUGAAUAUGGCACUGCUGAUAUUAUCUGCAAAGUACCAGAAAUGUGUCCAACACCAACACAUGUGGCUAUCACUUCGCGAUCAGUUAAACAGGAUGGAUCCUUGCAGGACAUUCAUGUCUUCCAACCUAUUAGGAAUCAACAGAAACAGGAAGUCUUUCCCUAUGAAUUCACAGUUUGCAUUUCUACCAUGUUUGAUUAUGUGAAUGUGCUGCAGCUUGUGCAGGCCAUGGAGAUGUUCAAGAUACUUGGUGUCCAGAGGGUAGCUAUUUACAAAACCAGCUGCCAUCCUGUUACGCAGAAGAUCCUGGAUUACUACGUGAGGCAGAAUCUUGUGGAGCUCAUCCCAUGGCAUGUAGCUUCCUACAUUAAUGUGUCCAGAGGCUGGAAUUCGACUCUGUCUUCAGGAGAGCUACACUACUUCGGACAAAUUGCGGCACUUAAUGACUGUGUGUAUCGUUACAUGUACCAGAGUCACUAUGUAGCUCUUCAUGAUUUGGAUGAAUUCAUUCUGCCUAUUAACCUCAAAAACUGGACAGAACUCCUGCCUGAAUUGGAGAGGAAAUACAGUCGGAAGGUGGGCUUUGAAUUCGAGGCAUAUUUGUUUCCUCUUUCCAUCAAAGAUUUGAAUCUAGAUUUACCAUGCUCAUGGAAGAAAGUUAUGGGAGUCAACAUCUUAGAACAUGUUUUUAAGUUAAGCAAUGACCCCAAAGUGUUCAAUGAUUUUAAAGUGAUUGUAAAUCCUCGCUUAGUCUUUCGUACUACAGUGCAUGGCUUUUUGCAGUCUGUGAAUGAUAGCAUCAGGGUGGACCCUGAGAUCGCACACAUUUACCACAUAAGGAAGGUUUUGAAUGAAACCUUGUUAACUCGCUCCAUCGUCCGAGACACACGUCUCAGGGACUAUGCAGAUAUGCUGAUCCCUGCUGUUUCUGAAGUGCUGCAGGAAGCACUGGACAUUCUCUAAAUGUCUCUAAUGUCAGUGCCUCAGGAAAAUGUUUAUGACGGAGGAUUUUAAGCAGAGAUGUUGAGGGAAAUGUUUAAAGUGUUUAACUUGUUUCAUGGAAUCACUUGGUAACAUUAAUUGUGCCCCAUGUCAGGCCAUUUUACAUAAAUAUUUUCUAAUAAAAGCACAACCACAAUUUAGACUUGAAGAAGAUUCCAGUAAUCUUAUACCACUUCCUCAUACGUACACAAUUCCUUUAACAUCACAAUACUACAUUUGGUAUCUAAAUACUGCUUAUUUAGUCACCAUUUCAAGCCAUUUACAUCAUUCAAAUAGGAAGUUUGGGCACAAUGCAAACUCCAUGAGAAAAUCAUGGCUCUCGUCUCAAGAAGCUGCAGGGUGUUCAAGAUUUUCUUAAACAAAUGUUUCUCAUAGUGUGUGGACUAUAUGUCUGCAAAAACUGAACUUUACAGGGAUGGGAAAGCUCAAUGGUUAUGCUGUUGGACUGCUGAACAGACAGUGGUGAGUUCAAAUCCCAGAGCCACCAAGCUGCCGCUGUUGAACAAAACCAUUAUAGCAAACCAAUUUGAUACUAGAUUAUUUGAUUUGAAUUAUAUUGUUAGAUUAAUGUCUAUGAUACUAAGAAUUUCCCAUAGAUUGGCUAAAUAAAUUCUAUCUACCUACUUACUCCAAACACAGAAUGGUGACAAGCCAACAAAAAAACAUCAGGUUCAGUAGGUGGAAAUGUGUUGUUGAAAAGAGAGAUCAGAGGCAAUAAUAAUUUGUGCUGACAGGGUUAAGAAGAUAAAUCAUCUUAGAAAGCACAAUAUAUGGAAUCUUGAGAGAUGGGUUACAGCAGAAUAUUAUAGCGGGUUCCACUCCUGUUAGCUAAGACCAGGAAUUCUAGCCUACAGUGGGAACAGUAUCAGCAAAACUAGACAUUUGAGGACUGGACAAACAUUGCCUGGCCUUUGUAUCUUUCUUACACGUUCUGUGAGUGUUUAACUCUAGAUUUCCUGUCAGCACAGACAUUUCCGGCCAUUCUCCUCUGACCUCUCUCAUGACUCAUUAUUAGAUCACUUUUUACCAUUCUGUGAAACUCUAGGCAUAGAUAUCUACUACUUGCUGUGAUACAACUACUUUGCAUGGAAAUCCGAGAAGAUUAGCAAAAAACAGUCCCUGAGCUGAGAUCACACAGAUCUCCAUUCUGAGGGUUGAUGUUAAUCAUUAACUAUAGUUCAUGACCUGGAUUUGCAUGAUUUUCUGCAUUGCAACGGACAGUAACAUUUCACUGGAUAGCUAGUCACGUGGGCAUUUUUUUUCCCCCUCACAUCCUCUUAUUAAAGGUUUUCUUUAAACAUGCUUCUAUACUUUUAAUAGAUCUUUUGAGAUCUUGGUGAGGAACAAGUAGGAAAUGCUGAAAUGCUUUCUAAAAGAGACUUCCAUGACCGUGCUAAAAAAUAAGUGUUCCAAAC